UGUCUACCUCCAUCGUUGGACAGAGUUCCGCUGCCUGGAUAGAAUGGUGUUUAGUGAAGCUCCGAAAUCCGUCGGCUAGGCGUUGCGGAAUGUGUGGGGCGUAAGAGGACCUCACAAACCUGCUCGGUCAGGGUCGAAUAUAUGAGGAUCGCAGUUCCUGCACCAUAGCAGUCCUUUCCGAGCUUUCGGAGACUUUUUCAUUCUUAACUUUCAUCAAAUCUCCACUACACUAUGGCAGCCCAAUCACCCCUUCCAUACAACCGCCAGAACGCUACGGCUUCAGGCAUCGCCGCCGACAAUGCCUCUAGCAUAGCAGGCAAAGUCGUCCUAACCACGGGCGUGUCUCCUGGCGGGUUGGGCGCCCAAUUCGUCGAAACAAUCGCAAAGUACAAGCCUACCCUACUCAUCCUAGCAGGCCGCACACCUUCUAAAGUCCAAGCCACCGCUGAGAAGAUAAAAUCGGAUCCCGCAAGCGCAGGCGUAGAAACGCGCGUUCUAGCCUUGGACCUGGCGUCGCAAAAGCAGAUCCGAGAAGCUGCGAAAGAGGUCCUUGCUUAUCCGGAGAAUAUCGAUGUCGUUGUGAAUUCAGCGGGUGUCAUGGCGGGACCGUACAAGACGACGGAGGAAGGGAUUGAGAACCAGUUUGGAUCGAACCACAUCGGCCACUUUUUGUUCACGAACCUGAUCAUGUCGAAGAUCUUAGCCUCGAAAAAUCCACGCAUCGUCAACGUGAGCAGCGACGGCCACCGGCUCGGCCCAGUGCGGUUUGAUGAUUGGAAUUUUCAGGACGGAAAGGCGUACGACCAAUGGCAGGCUUAUGGGCAGAGCAAAGCCUCAAAUAUUCUCUUUACGAAGGCUCUUGCGCAAAAGCUAGGGUCGAAGGGCUUACGCGCAUAUGCCCUUCACCCUGGCGUCACCUUUGGGACGUCGCUGGGACCUGGACUGGGAGAGGCGGAUUUUGCAGCCUUGAAGGCACGAGACAAGGAGAUUGGCGAUCCGCUCGGCGAAGACGACGCCAGUUUCGAUCUGAAAACGCUCGAUGAGUGCUCAGCGACGCACGUUGUCGCAGCGUUUGACCCAAGGCUUGAGGACUACAAUGGCGCGUACCUCGAGGACGGAAAUCUGUCCGACAAUGUCAAACCCACUGCAACGAACCCGGAGGAUGUCGAGAAGCUGUGGAAGCUCAGCGAGAAACUGGUAGGGCAGACAUUCCAGUACUAG